CUCAAUUCAGCCAAACCGCGAAGAAAAGUUUUCUUUUUGUUUUCCCUUUCAAAAAUCACUGACCCUUUUUCUGUAGACUGAGAGAGAAUCAAUGGGGAAUUGCUGUUAUCUGUGUGGAUCCAAAUCUGCUGACGCUAACUCUACCACCACUUCUUCCACCAUCUCCUCACUUUCUUCUUCUUCUUCUUCCACUCCAGGGAUCUCAGAAUGUAACACUUCAUCUUGGGUCACAAGCAGAACCUCUGGCUAUAGCCAGCUUUCAGGAGCAAUAAAGAGAGAGACACCAAAUGGCAAAAGCAGUAGUGGUGGCUAUAGCCAGUUCACGAGAGUGAGGACUGGAGACAGCGAUAUAUGUGUGAAAGGAGCAAUUUUUCCUGUGUCGAAUUUGAAGAUUUAUUGUUUUGGUGAUAUGAAGGCUGCCACGAAUAAUUUUAGGCAGGACACGAUCUUGGGGUCGGGAGGUUUUGGAACAGUGUACAAGGGGCGGGUCAAUAGAAAGACGCUUGCACCAUCUAAAUAUGCCAAUCGGAUGUGCGUUGCUAUCAAGAAAUUGAGCCCCCAUGGCGUUCAAGGAUUUGAGCAGUGGCAGUCAGAAGUGAACUUCUUGGGAAAGCUUUCACAUCCUAAUGUGGUAAAGCUGAUAGGGUAUUGUCAGGAAGAUCAAGAACUGCUAAUUGUCUAUGAAUUUAUGCAGAAGGGAAGCUUGGAUAACCAUCUUUUCAGAAGAGGUGAUGCCAUUCAAUGGGACUUGCGGCUCAAAAUUGCAAUAGGAGCAGCACGGGGCCUAGCUUUUUUGCAUGCUUCAGAAAGGCAAGUUAUCUAUAGGGAUAUGAAGACCUCCAACAUUCUUCUUGAUGGGAAUUACAACGCAAAAAUAUCGGAUUUUGGGUUAGCUAGACUGGGGCCUUCGGGUGAGAAUUCACACGUUACAACUCGAGUGGUGGGCACAAAGGGUCAUGCUGCACCCGAAUACAUGGCAACAGGCCAUCUAUCUGUGAAAAGUGAUGUUUAUGGCUUCGGUGUCAUCCUGCUUGAGAUAUUGACCGGCUUGCGAACAAUUGACGUUAAGCGACCGAGUAACCAACAUUUUUUGGUGGAAUGGGUGAAAUCCAUGGACCUCUCUCAGAAAGGGAAGUUGAAGUCUAUAAUGGAUCCUCGAAUUGAAGGCCAAUAUUGUACAAAGGCAGCAUUGCAGGUUGCUCAGCUUGCUUUGAGAUGCCUGGAAAAUGAACCUUGGAAACGACCUUCCAUGAAUGAAGUUGUGCAAAUUUUGGAAGAAAUUGAAGCUAUGGGAAACCAACAAACUUAAAAAACCAGUUCAUCCUAAGGCCUAUGAUAGAGUUUGUAUAUGUUGAACAUUUCAGUAUGAGAGAGUUUGUAUAUAUCAAAAUUGGAUAUAAUUGCCACAAAACUUU